UAUGUGUAAAUUACUUUGGAUAACCCCCAAAAAAAGGGCCAGGUGAAGUAACUUUUUCCAUUGUGGUCCUCGUUGUGUGUCCUGUAAGCGGUAUUUUAAUUAUAUUUAAUAACUAUAAGAUGUCAUCCAUACGUGUCAGAAUAAAAGAAAAGCAAUAAUAAUUCCAGCUGAAAUAAGUCACAGUGACUAGUGACUUAUCCAAGGUUAAAGGACCUCAAUGGAUUUAUAAGGACCAAUGGAAAUAUAAGGACCUCAGUUAAAAUAUAAGAUCCAAAUGGAAAUAUAAGGAUCCCAAUGGAAAUACAAGGACCCCAAUAGAAAUAUGUAACUUUGACUUUUUUUGGAGGUUAUCCUAGAUAUGAUGGUGUCCCGUGUAUGGGUGUACAUGACAGUGUACCUGUGUCUAUGUCUGCUGGCUAACAUUAUCAUGGUGGUGGUGUUCCUAAGUGGCCACUACUGGACCCCUCUCACACCACCACCACCACUACCUCCACUCCAACCUUAUGAAUGGGAUCCAUCAAGUGGACAGAAUCUGAAAUGUGCUGAUAUCUCCUCCAUUUCUAACCUUAGCAUUAUUGGCUUUGGAUGGACCAAAGCUGUAUAUAGAGGCCAGUAUGGUAAAACGUGGUUGGCCAUUAAGACUGUACACACCUCUGGCCAUGACAUGACCGAGUGCUUCGACUCGGUGAGCAUCUGCUAUAAGCAGUCUGCCGCGAAGAUCAUAAAGGAGGCUCGGCUCUUGCAAGAACUGUCUCACACAAAUGUCAUCAAAGUAUUUGGAGAAUGUGUGCCUAGCAUGAAGUACUCUGCAGGCCCCCCAGUAACUGGCAUUGUGUCGAUAGUGACAGAAUUAGGACAUCCAGUUGAUGUUAUUGGUGUGCUCCGGAUGAGUUUUGAGGAGAGGUUGCAGUUAGCAAGGGAUGUUGGAAGAAUUUUAUACCAUCUGGCACAGUCGCCUCUUGGAACUCUUCUAAUGCAAGAUUUACGGCGAGAGCAGUUUGUCAUCUCAGAUGGAUUACUCAAGCUAUCUGAUGUUGAUGACAUAGUAAUUGGAGAUCCUGUGUGUACCAGUGACAUGGACUGUACCAUAAAAGAUGGGAACAAAGAGAGCAUUCUUAUUAAAUUGUCGUGUGUGAAUGGGUUAUGCAAAGGCUUCAACAGUCGCCUUAAUGCCAUCCAUGCAAGCCAGCACUUAAUGCGUCUACUGAUCCUAUAUGGAGGUCCAGCAGCCCUUGAAAGCACUUGUCAACACCUUGUAAACCGGCAGUCAUUUGGAUUAUUGGAUUCUGAAGCCGUAUACAAAGAAAUUCAGAUGUUAGUGAAGAAUUAUUCCUCUGGAGUCUACUUAUCUCCUGCUGAGAAGGAAAUUAUCCACAGUUACACAGUCCUCCAUGGAUCCACUGUUUUUGCAGCAGACUUCUCUUGUUCGACAAUACUGAGCACAAGGUGUGUCCAGUCAGUGUCCUCACCAGCUGAAGGAGCCUGGUUAUGUUUGCAGUUGAAGAAGUGUGUAGCAUUUGUUUUGAUUGAUGAGUGGACAUGGACAGGUCGCCAGGUUGUUGUAUUUAAAACAGGAGCAAGAGAGGUGAAAGCAAAUGAGCGACAUACACUCUACAUUCGUCGUGGGCAAGGAUGAAAUUUUAAUUACUUGGAAAAUUAAAUUUAACUAUUGUAGAUACUAGGAUGUACAUAUGUAAAUUUACCCCUCAAGAGGUUCCUUAUGUUGAUUAAGGGCCUAUAUCUGAAGAAUUAUACCUUCUCUUGGAUCAAACUAAUGCCUCCCAGCACUAAGACCACUACACAGCCAGUGCUCCAUUAAUGUAUUAUUAUUAUUAUUAUAAUCAAAAAGAAGUGCUAAGCCACAAGGGCUAUACAGCUCCAUUAAUGUAAUCUGCAGAUUUUUUAAUUCAUUUUGAGUGUUUAAUCUCUUGUUGCCUGUGCAUAUGAUGUAAUAGCAUUUAUUAAAUAUAAUACUUA